AUGCUUCGUGCAGCCAUAACCAGCAACCAACUCAGCACCAACAGCAACUAUCUGGCUAAAUUUCGGGCCCUUGAUCAAUCUACCAACAAAACCAUGGUCACCUACGUGUACGCUAACCCAAACCGGCACAAAGUGGGACAAAUAUGCGCCAAAACUCGCGUUGUGGACUUUGUGCCCAAACACCCGGAUGACUUACCUCUAUGGGACAACGGCACGGGUGACCUACGAGUGGAAAUACUGAUACGACCGGUACGGCUAUACCGGGACCCGUUCCGGGGCCGACACAAUAUGCUAGCCCUGUGCGAACUGCUCAACACCGAUGGCAAGCCUAUCGACAUAAACCGUCGGCACAGUUGUGUGGAGGCCAUGGAUGCGGCCGCCAAACAGCACCCGUGGUUUGGCGCAGAGCAGGAGUAUAUGCUGUUUGACGGGUACGACCCGAGACGACCGCUGGGAUGGCCGACCAUCGGGCAGCCGGACCUGCCCUGGGCUACGGAUUUGAUCUAUGACUCGGGUGUCGGCGCCAAUACCCAGUACGGCAGGGAUGUGGCCGAAGCUCAUCUGCUGGCCUGUCUGUACGCAGGAGUUAUGAUUGGUGGCCAAAAUGGCGAGAAUCAGCCAGCGCAGUGGGAGUACCAGGUGGGUCCGUGCGAAGGCAUACAACUGGGCGACGAUCUGAUAAUGUCUCGGUAUAUACUGUUACGGGUGGCCGAAGACCUGCACAUUGGGGUAACCUUUGACCCGAGACCUGUGCCGGGAUGGCUGGGAAGCGGAGCGCACAUGAACUUCAGCACAGAGGCCAUGCGCCGGGAGGGAGACUUAGCCGAGAUUAACCGGGCUAUUGAGGCGCUAGGCAAAAAUCACUCAAAACAUAUGGCUAUUUACGACCCGAUGGCCGGCGAGGAUAAUAAGCGUCGACUGACGGGUGAAUAUGGGACAAACAAUGUACAGACUUUUACCUCCGGUGUGGCCGACCGGUCGGCCAGUGUUCGUAUACCCAAACGGGUAGAGAUGGCCGGUAAGGGCUAUCUGGAGGACAGGCGACCGGCGGCUAAUUGCGAUCCCUAUGCCGUUACCGAAGCCCUUGUCCGUACCGUUUGUCUCAAUGACAUGAUGUCAUCGAAAAACAGCGUGUGCAAUAAAAGCAACGUAAUCGGAAAUAGUGUCACAAUUAUAGCUAGCACACCAACCCCGCUAACAUCAAACGGCGCAUUUAUGGCCCGGUAUAUGGCGCUGGAGCAACCGGCCGACAAAAUCCAGGUAACUUACGUGUACAUGCAUCCGGGCAACGACAACCUAGCGCAUUAUUGUGGCAAAACUAAAGUGGUCGACUUUGUGCCCAAACACCCCGACGACCUGCCCAUAUGGGACUCGGGUGUACUCACCUCAUACGAGGACGAGAUACUCCUACGGCCGGUACGGCUAUACAAAGACCCAUUCAGGGGCGGCAACAAUAGGCUGGUCCUAUGCGAUGCACUCGACGGCGAUAUGAAACCCCUUAUCAGUAAUCACCGGCACAGUUGUCUGGAGGCCAUGGAGGCGGCGGCCAAACAGCACCCAUGGUUUGGCAUAGAGCAGGAGUAUAUGCUUAUGGAUGGCAAUGAUAGGAAACGGCCACUGGGCUGGCCCGUCAACGGAUACCCGGAGCCGAUAACUGCCCCGCAUGUAAUGUAUCAUGGUGCGGUCGGCGCUAAUAAUCAGUAUGGCAGGGAUGUUAUGGAGGCCCACUUCAGGGCCUGUCUGUACGCCGGCGUUAAUAUUAGUGGCGAAAAUGCCGAGGGUCAGCCAUCGCAGUGGGAGUACCAGGUGGGUCCGUGCGAAGGCAUACAAAUGGGCGACGAUCUGAUAAUGUCUCGGUAUUUACUAUUACGGGUGGCCGAAGACCUACACAUUGAGGUCACAUUUGACCCAAAGCCUGUGCCCUCAUGGAUGGGCAACGGAGCGCAUUGCAACUUCAGUACUGAGGCCAUGCGCCAGAAAGGAGGCAUAGCCGAGAUUAACCGGGCUAUUGAGGCGCUCAGCAAACGGCAUGACAGACAUGUGGCGGCCUAUGACCCCAGGGGUGGUGCAGAUAAUAAGCGCCGACUAACCGGUCAAAUGUGGUCAAGCGAUAUAAGCAAGUUCUCGUCAGGUGUGGCCAAUCGGGCGGCCAGUGUUCGCAUACCAAAGCGCGUAUCGAUGGCCGGAAAGGGCUAUUUCGAGGACCGGCGCCCGUCAUCUAAUUGCGAUCCCUAUGCCGUUACCGAAGCCCUCGUCCGUACCCAACCGGUCGACAAGAUCCAGGUCACCUACGUGUACAUGCAUCCGGGCAACGACAACCUAGCGCACUAUUGUGGCAAAACCAAAGUGGUCGACUUUGUGCCCAAACACCCCGACGACCUGCCCAUAUGGGACUCGGGCCUACUUACAAACCCCAAUGAAGAGAUACUCAUACGUCCGGUGCGACUAUACAAAGACCCAUUCAGGGGCGGCAAUAAUAGACUGGUCUUAUGUGAGACAUUGGACAGCGAUAUGAAACCCCAAAUGUAUAAUCACCGGCACAGUUGUCUGGAGGCCAUGGAGGCGGCCAGCGGUCAACACCCGUGGUUUGGCUUUGAACAGGAGUAUAUGUUGCUGGAUGGUAAUGACAGGCAAAGGCCACUGGGCUGGCCCGUGAACGGCUACCCGGAACCGAUAUCUGCCCCGCAUGUACUCUAUGCGUAUAGUGUGGGCGCAAACAAUCAAUACGGUAGGGAUGUUAUGGAGGCUCACUUCAGGGCCUGUCUGUACGCCGGCGUUAAUAUCAGUGGCGAGAAUGCCGAGGCUCAGCCAUCCCAAUGGGAGUAUCAGGUGGGUCCGUGCGAAGGCAUACAACUGGGCGACGAUCUGAUAAUGUCUCGGUAUAUACUGUUACGGGUGGCCGAAGACCUGCACAUUGGGGUAACCUUUGACCCGAAACCUGUAGAGGGCUGGCCGGGUAACGGCGGUCACACCAACUUCAGCACUGAGGCCAUGCGCCGGGAGGGAGGGGUAGAGGAGAUUAACCGGGCUAUUGAGGCCCUCAGCAAAAGACAUGACAAACAUAUGGCAGUGUAUGACCCGAUGGCCGGCGAAGAUAAUAAGCGCCGACUGACCGGCAAACAGUGGUCGAGCGAUAUAAACAAGUUUACGGCAGGUGUGGCCAAUCGGGCGGCCAGUGUUCGCAUACCAAAGCGCGUAUCGAUGGCCGGAAAGGGCUAUUUCGAGGACCGGCGCCCCACCAGCAACCAACUCAGCACCAACAGCAACUAUCUGGAUAAAUUUAGGGCCCUUGAUCAAUCUGCCAACAAGACCAUGGUCACCUACGUGUACGCUAACCCGAAUCGACACAACGUGGGACAAAUAUGCGCCAAAACACGCGUGGUGGACUUUGUGCCCAAACACCCGGAUGACUUACCUCUAUGGGACAACGGCACGGGUGACCUGCGAGUGGAAAUACUGAUACGACCGGUACGGCUAUACCGGGACCCUUUCCGGGGCCGACACAAUAUGCUAGCCCUGUGCGAACUGCUCAACACAGAUGGCACGCCUAUCAGCAUAAACCGUCGGCCCAGUUGUGUGGAGGCCAUGGAUGCGGCCGCCAAACAGCACCCGUGGUUUGGCGCAGAGCAGGAGUAUAUGCUGUUUGACGGGUACGACCCGAGACGGCCGCUGGGAUGGCCGACCAUCGGGCAGCCGGACCUGCCCUGGGCUACAGAUAUGAUUUACGACUCGGGUGUCGGCGCCAAUACCCAGUACGGCAGGGAUGUGGCCGAAGCUCAUCUGCUGGCUUGUCUGUACGCUGGAGUUAUGAUUGGUGGCCAUAAUGGAGAGAAUCAGCCGGCACAAUGGGAGUACCAGGUGGGUCCGUGCGAAGGCAUACAACUGGGCGACGAUCUGAUAAUAUCUCGGUAUAUACUGUUACGAGUGGCCGAAGACCUGCACAUUGGGGUAACCUUUGACCCGAGGCCUGUGCCGGGAUGGCUGGGCAGCGGAGCGCACAUGAACUUCAGCACUGAAGCCAUGCGCCGAGAGGGAGGGCUGGCAGAGAUUAACCGGGCUAUUGAGGCGCUGGGCAAAAAUCACGCAAAACAUAUGGCUAUUUACGACCCGAUGGCCGGCGAGGAUAAUAAGCGCCGACUGACCGGUGAAUUUGGGACAAACAAUGUGCAGACCUUCACGUCGGGUGUGGCCGACCGGUCAGCCAGUGUUCGUAUACCCAAACGGGUAGAGAUGACCGGUAAGGGCUAUCUGGAGGACAGGCGACCGGCGGCUAAUUGCGAUCCCUAUGCCGUUACCGAAGCCCUCGUCCGUACCGUUUGUCUCAAUGAGUGA